AUGUUCGACUGUAGACUAUUUCUGAGUUUACCAAUAGAUAUACGACGAAACGUCUACCUAUUUUUGGGAGAUAAUGUUCAAAUCGUACGACCUCCACCAAAAUCAUCUAUAUUCAGCGAUGAGAUUAUUGAGUAUCCAGCGGUCACAGUGACAGAAUAUGAUAAUACUUUGGCUGAAAGGUAUGAGCAACAUGUUAAGAUAUACGAUUACAUUCCGAAUUUUGUUUCCAAUUGGUGUCGAGGCUUCGAGCUAAUAAAGCAGGACCCAUUAGUAGCUGAUAGGCUAAAAGUUUGCAUGAAAUACGAAGAAGAGGAUUGGUUCUGUAUGCAAUGGAUCCUGGUCUGUGGUCAGUUAGAGGUUGGUAUAUUUACACAAGAUGAGCAGUUUCUACAAGUAAGCUACGGUUUAAAGGAAUUUUGCGAAGUGGUAGACGUGCCAGUUCAGCGACUCUCGUUAGGAAUGAAUGUAAGUGAGAUUAACAACAUUGAAGAACUUUGUACCGAGAUCAAAAGACAUUGGUUAUUUGACACAGUGCAAUUUGUGAGCUUUGUUAACUGCUGGGAUAUGGAACAUCCUAAUGUUGCUUCAAUUAUCAAUUUCAUGGAGAACUUCAACAACCUGCGUCUAUUAAAGGUGGAGUCGCAGAACAUGUUUGAUAAUUUGAUUAAUACACAAGGUGUAAGAGCGAAUCCCGGCAAGACCAUUGUGUAUAAUGUGCGUCAAAAUAUAUUAGAGCUUCGAGCGUACUCCUUGCGUGAAUUGGGGUACAAAUCACUGGUAAAUCUUUCAAGAUGGGAACAAUUAGUUUCUCUUUCGCUAAUCGGAUGUGAAUUUAUAGAUCUCAACAAGUUGGUAUUUCCGAAACGCUGCAAAAUUCUAAACAUACAAGACAUCAAAUACAUCGUAUGGUGGAAUCAGGCUGAAAUACUGGAGGUUUUGGACAGUAACUGGUUAAAUCGUACAACAAUAUCAAAACCUCAAUCACCUGAACAAGUGGAAAAAUGGUACUCGGUCUAUAUAAGAGUUGUUGAGACGUACCAUCCUAUAAACUGCAUCACCAUUCAGAAUGUAAAGCGUAUUAAGGGAAACAUCAUUGUACCCGCUCGGCUUCUAGAAGCCUCUCGGAUCAAAAUAUCUAAUGUAACAAAAAUGGACGAAAUACUAAUGAUAUGA